AGAGCGGGGCGGGCGACCCCGUGCCGCCCCUCAGAGCCGGGGCGGCGGCGGCGGCGAAGAUGGCGGCGGCGGACGGCGACGAUUCGCUUUACCCUAUCGCCGUCCUCAUCGACGAGCUCCGUAACGAGGACGUGCAGCUACGCCUGAACAGCAUCAAGAAGCUGUCGACCAUCGCCCUGGCGCUGGGCGUGGAACGCACCCGCAGCGAGCUCCUGCCCUUCCUCACCGACACCAUCUACGAUGAGGAUGAGGUGCUGCUGGCGUUGGCGGAGCAGCUCGGCACCUUCACCGCCCUGGUUGGGGGACCAGAGUUUGUCCACUGCCUCCUGCCCCCCCUGGAGAGCCUGGCCACAGUGGAGGAGACGGUGGUGCGGGACAAGGCGGUGGAGUCCCUGCGGGCGGUGUCCCACGAACACGCCCCACCAGACCUAGAAGGUCACUUCGUCCCCUUGGUGAAGCGCCUGGCGGGGGGCGACUGGUUCACCUCCCGCACCUCCGCUUGUGGCCUCUUCAGCGUCUGUUACCCACGCGUCUCCAGCCCCGUCAAGGCCGAGCUGCGACAAUAUUUCCGGAACCUCUGCUCGGACGACACCCCCAUGGUCCGUCGCGCCGCCGCCUCCAAACUGGGAGAAUUUGCCAAAGUUUUGGAACUGGAGCACGUCAAGAGCGAGAUCAUCCCCAUGUUCUCCAACCUGGCGUCUGACGAGCAGGACUCGGUUCGGCUGUUGGCGGUGGAAGCGUGCGUGAGCAUCGCCCAGCUGCUGCCGCAGGAGGAGCUGGAGGGGUUGGUGAUGCCGACCCUGCGGCAGGCGGCCGAGGAUAAAUCCUGGCGCGUCCGGUACAUGGUGGCCGAUAAGUUUACCGAGCUACAACGAGCCGUGGGCCCCGAAAUCACCAAGACCGACCUGGUGGGGGCCUUCCAGAGCCUCAUGAAGGACUGCGAGGCCGAGGUGCGGGCGGCCGCCUCCCACAAGGUCAAAGAGUUCUGCGAGAACCUGUCCCCAGACUGCCGGGAGGCCGUCAUCAUGGGCCAGAUCCUGCCCUGCAUCAAGGAGCUGGUGUCGGACGCCAACCAGCACGUGAAGUCGGCGCUGGCGUCCGUCAUCAUGGGACUGUCGCCCAUCCUCGGAAAGGACAACACGGUGGAGCAUCUGCUGCCCCUCUUCCUCGCGCAGCUCAAGGACGAGUGUCCCGAAGUCCGCCUCAACAUCAUCUCCAACCUGGAUUGCGUCAACGAGGUGAUCGGGAUCCGGCAGCUCUCCCAGUCCCUCCUGCCCGCCAUCGUCGAACUGGCCGAGGACGCCAAGUGGCGCGUCCGCCUGGCCAUCAUCGAGUACAUGCCCCUGCUGGCCGGCCAGCUGGGCGUGGAGUUCUUUGACGAGAAGCUGAACUCGCUCUGCAUGGCCUGGCUGGUCGACCACGUUUACGCCAUCCGAGAAGCGGCCACCAGUAACCUCCGGAAACUGGUGGAGCGUUUCGGGCAGGACUGGGCGCAGGGCACCAUCGUCCCCAAGGUGCUGGCCAUGGCCGCCGACCCCAACUACCUCCACCGCAUGACCACCCUCUUCUGCAUCAACGUGCUGUCGGAGGUGUGCGGGCAGGAGAUCACGACGAAGCAGAUGCUGCCCACGGUGCUACGCAUGGCGGCCGACGCCGUCGCCAACGUCCCGCUUCAACGUCGCCAAGUCCCCUGCAGCGCAUCGGGCCCCAUCCUCGACAGCGGGACGCUGCAGAACGAGGUGAAGCCGGUGCUGGAGAAGCUGACGCAGGACCAAGACGUCGACGUCAAGUAUUUCGCGCAGGAGGCGCUGACCGUGCUGGCGCUGGCCUGACCCCCCCGUCCCUCGUCCCCGCAUGCGAACGCCGCCGCCACCCCCCCGCGGUGUCACCCCCCCACGCCCC